GAUGAAAGUGAAAGAAGAAGGACACGAUCUGAAUGAGGUGGAGGAGAAACAUCAGGAUCAGAAAGAUCAUGAUGUCACUGGAGAAAAAUCAGUGAGUUGCAGCAUUAAAAAAACAGACGUCAAAAGGCCUUUCAGCUGCUCUGAGUGUGGAAACACUUACAAACAUAAAAGACGCCUUAUGAAUCCCAUGAGAAUUCAUAGUGAGGAAAAGCCUUUCACCUGCUCUCAGUGUGGACACACUUUCACAUGCAAAGCAAACCUUGAGAAUCAUAUGUUAAUUCAUGCUGGAAUAAAGCCUUUUACCUGCUCUCAGUGUGGGAAGAGUUUCACACAGAAAAGGCAACUUAAGGAUCAUUUGGUAACUCACACUUCAGAAAAGCCUUUCAGCUGCUCUCAGUGUGGAAAGAGUUUCACACAGAAAGGACACCUAAUGGAUCAUUUGCUAACUCACUCUUCAGAAAAGCCUUUCAGCUGCUCUCAGUGUGGAAGGAGUUUCACACAGAAAGGACACCUAAUGGAUCAUUUGCUAACUCACUCUUCAGAAAAGCCUUUCAGCUGCUCUCAGUGUGGAAGGAGUUUCACACAGAAAGGACACCUAAUGGAUCAUUUGCUAACUCACUCUUCAGAAAAGCCUUUCAGCUGCUCUCAGUGUGGAAGGAGUUUCACACAGAAAGGACACCUAAUGGAUCAUUUGCUAACUCACUCUUCAGAAAAGCCUUUCAGCUGCUCUCAGUGUGGAAAGAGUUUUACAAAGAAAAGGCAACUUAAGGAUCAUUUGGUAACUCACACUUCAGAAAACCCUUUCAGCUGCUCUCAGUGUGGAAAGUCUUUCACACGCAAAGCAAGCCUUAAGGAUCACAUGUUAAUUCAUGCUGGGAUAAAGCCUUUCAGCUGCUCUCAGUGUGGAAAGACUUUCACACGUAAAGCAAACCUUAAGAAUCACAUGUUAAUUCAUGCUGGAAUAAAGCCUUUCAGCUGCUCUCAGUGUGGAUAGAGUUUUACACAGAAAGGACACAUUAAUGAU